CAUCGAUUGACCGAACGCUGCGUAAUAAGUCGACUACAUAUCUUUGACCGAGCCACGCGGGCGUUGCCGAGAGGGUUUAUUCGCAAGACUGGGCCACCCUGCUUGCUGCCCGGCGGGGUUGAAUCGUGGGCCAGGCCUGAACCUAGGCCCUAGACCGAUACCGGUUGUCCUUGCAGAACUCCCAGACGCGAACAGGCGCAACAGCUUCGCUCCCCUGACCGCAGCAAAGCCAGCGAGAUGGUGCGCGCUCCGCCGCCGCCAACAUGACCAUGGGCCAAGACGAUGCCCGGCGGCCCAGCAGCGUCGGCACAGACGACGACCAUGACCGGCCGCGGCCCCCUCUGCCCCCGCGGCCCGGCAUGCAGUCCAAGCCCACUACUGCCGUCUCGUCCAUGAACAUCCAGACACUGAGCUUCCCGGACGGUACCAGAGGCACCUUUACCACUGACAGCGGCAAUGGCGGGCAAGGCCAGGAGGACCCUGGCUCCUCCAGCCGCGACCGUGCCAGCUCGAUCAGCGUCGACCCGGACGACAACAUGAGCAUCAUGAGCUACGCAGGCACGGCAAGGGCUCCGGUCGACCUCGAGAGUCUCAUGGGCGGCGACGCGAGCAGGAGGAGUCCGGCCUGGGCACUGCUACGUUCUCAGUCAGCGGCAGUCCAGCCCUUUGAGACUGGAACGGCAGACGGGCAUGAGGAUCCCUUGGACUCUUUCACUGCCGAGUUCGACCCCAUCCCUGGUGAAACUGUCGACGGUAUGUCUGACGACGACAGACUUGUGCUGUGGAAGUCCAAAAUGAAGCACUACAUGGUACUUUCUUCUGCGGGCAAGCCCAUCUGGAGCAGGCACGGGGACUUAGGACUCAUCAACUCGUCCAUGGGUGUCGUUCAGACCAUCAUCUCUUUUUAUGAAGCCUCGAAAAACCCUCUCCAGGGCUUCACUGCGGGCAACACCAGGUUCGUCAUCGCUACCAAGGGGCCGCUGUACUUUGUCGCGAUCAGCAGCCUGGGCGAGAGCGACCAGCAACUGCGCUUUCAGCUCGAUGCUCUGUAUAUGCAGAUCCUCUCGACCCUCACUCUACCGACUUUGACGAGGAUAUUCGUUAAUCGGCCGUCGUCAGACCUUCGCAAGCCGCUUCAAGGGACUGAAUCCCUUUUAUCAUCGCUGGCAGAUACUUUCACCAAAGGCUCGCCCUCGGCGCUUCUUGGCGCACUAGAAUGCUUGAAAUUACGAAAGUCACACCGGCAUGCCAUCAACAAUGUAUUUCUGAAAGCUCGAGGCACGGCAAACCUGCUCUAUGGUCUCAUAGUGGCCGGUGGCAAGCUGGUCAGCGUGAUUCGCCCUCGCAGGCAUUCACUCCAUCCGAGUGACCUGCAGCUCAUUUUCAACAUGCUUUUCGAGUCUGGCGGUAUCAAGGCUGCAGGUGGCGAGAACUGGAUCCCGUUGUGUCUCCCGGCGUUCAACAACCAGGGCUAUCUGUACAUGUACGUGAGCUGGCUGCAAUCACGAGCAGAACACACGGUCACGACGGAAAACAGCGAGAGUACCGAAGGCAGUAGCGACACCACCGGCGCCGGCAGCGCAGGCAGCGGUGCCUCCAUCGAUCACGACACCGCAAUCAUCCUCGUCAGCCCGGACAAGGAGAGCUUUUUCGACCUGCAGAAGAUGCGCGACGAUGUCAUCACCGAGUUGCAGCGCAAAAAGCUUCUCAGUAUCAUCUCGGAAGUGACAAAGCGCGGCCGCCCUCCGAUCCACGAGAUCGUCCCUAUGGCUCCGCCAGCCGCAGCUCCUUUGUCAUCUACCAACAACAACAACAAUACCACCACGGCGACGCCAGCGCCACCGUCGUCCACGAUAAGCCACUUCCUCUUCAAGUCUCGCGCCAACGUGCAAUUCACGAUGCCGAGCCUCGACCCGACCUUCAGCGACCCGAUCCCGCGGAGAAAGCUCAUGUCGCUGUACCACGAGCUGCACGCGGCCGUGCAUGCCCGGCACUCGCACCUCAAGGUCCUGCACUGCGUGAGCGAGCACUCGGCGUCGCUCGCCUGGGUCACGCCCAUAUUCGAACUGUACUGCGUUGCCGGGCCGAAUACCUCGCGCGCAGUUCUCACGCAGGCCGCCAACAAGAUUAUGCAGUGGGCUCGCCGUGAGGAGGAGCGGAUCUUUAUUAUCGGUGGAGGAGUGUUCUAGAGCAAAUAAGGCAAGACAAAGAUUUAUGCGCGAUUUGUGAGAAAGAGGGGAACAUAUUUGUGGCCGGCUGGUUAGAAGAGGCACACCAAUGGCUAGAUAGGCCUCUGCGAUCAUAAAUCAAAUGGAAACAUAAACGGCAAAUUCGCUGGUGUCUUCCGAUAGUAGUCAUUUCACAACAACGCAGAUCACCCUCCACUUACUGCUUGGCCCUGACUGCUUAGACGGGUUCCGGUGACGGCAAUACCGCAUGCACCAUAGCCCAAUGAUCACAGGUAGUUCCACGACAAGG